GUCGCCUCAUUGAUUUCAAAGGACAGCCUCCCUCUGCUGCAAAGAAGAUCCAUCAGAGACCAGACGUCCCUGUAACUGAAUCCAGCUGUGUGUCCAUGAAGAGCUACAGGUCAAAGGAUGACGUCAUUGAUUUCAAAGGACAGCCUCCCUCUGCUGCAAAGAAAGUGGACCAGGAGAGCCCAGAGGUUCCCAGUGCUCAGUCUGCCCAGCAGCAUCAAACACACCUGGACUCCAUAUUUAUGCUGCUGGAGGAGAACAUUGUCACUUUUGUGAAGAAGGAGCUGAAGAAGAUCCAGAAGGUUGCAAGUCCAGAUUACCCAGAAAGCUCAGAGAGUCAGAAGGAGGAUGACGAGGUGUUGGAUGGUGAGGAUGAAGAGCAGAGGAGGAGCAGCAGAGAGGCUUUUUUGAAGAUCACAGUGAACUUCCUGAGGAGAAUGAAGCAGGAGGAGCUGGCUGACUGUCUGCACAGCAGACAUGAUGCUGCAGUUUGUCAACGUAAACUUAAAUCUGCUCUGAAGAAGAAGUUCCAGUGUGUGUUUGAGGGGAUCUCUAAAGCAGGAAACCCAACCCUUCUGAAUCAGAUCUACACAGAGCUCUACAUCACAGAGGGAGGGACUGGAGAGGUCAAUGAUGAACAUGAGGUCAGACAGAUUGAAACAGCAUCCAGGAAACCAGCCAGACCAGAAACAAGCAUCAGACAAGAAGACAUCUUUAAAGCCUCACGUGGAAGAGAUGGACCAAUCAGAACAGUGAUGACAAAGGGAGUGGCUGGCAUUGGGAAAACAGUCUUAACACAGAAGUUGACUCUGGACUGGGCUGAAGACAAAGCCAACCAGGACAUACACUUCACAUUUCCAUUCACGUUCAGAGAGCUGAAUGUGCUGAAAGAGAAAAAGUUCAGCUUGGUGGAACUUGUUCAUCAGUUCUUUACUGAAACCAAAGAAGCAGGACUCUGCAGGUUUGAAGAGGUCCAGGUUCUGUUCAUCUUUGACGGUCUGGAUGAGUGUCGACUUCCUCUGGACUUCCACAACACUGAGAUCCUGACUGAUGUUACAGAGUCCACCUCAGUGGAUGUGCUGCUGACAAACCUCAUCAGGGGGAAACUGCUUCCCUCUGCUCGCCUCUGGAUAACCACACGACCUGCAGCAGCCAAUCAGAUCCCCCCUGAGUGUGUUGACAUGGUGACAGAGGUCAGAGGGUUCACUGACCCACAGAAGGAGGAGUACUUCAGGAAGAGGUUCAGAGAGGAGGAGCAGGUCAGAAGGAUCAUCUCCCACAUCAAGGCUUCACGAAGCCUCCACAUCAUGUGCCACAUCCCGGUCUUCUGCUGGAUCACUGCUACAGUUCUGGAGGAUGUGUUGAAAACCAGAGAGGGAGGAGGGCUGCCCAAGACCCUGACUGAGAUGUACAUCCACUUCCUGGUGGUUCAGUCCAAACUGAAGAAUGUUAAGUAUGAUGGAGGAGCUGAGACAGAUCCACACUGGAGUCCAGAGACCAGGAAGAUGAUUGAGUCUCUGGGAAAACUGGCUUUUGAGCAGCUGCAGAAAGGAAACCUGGUCUUCUAUGAAUCAGACCUGACAGAGUGUGGCAUUGAUAUCAGAGCAGCCUCAGUGUACUCAGGAGUGUUCACACAGGUCUUUAAAGAGGAGAGAGGACUGUACCAGGAGAAGGUGUUCUGCUUCGUCCAUCUGAGUCUUCAGGAGUUUCUGGCUGCUCUUCAUGUCCAUCUGACCUUCAUCAACUCUGGAGUCAAUCUGCUGUCAGAAAAGAAAUCAUCUUCCCAAGUACUCAAAAUCAUAACAGGUAAAUCUGCAGCCUUCUACCAGAGGGCUGUGGACAAGGCCUUACAGAGUUCAAAUGGACACCUGGACUUGUUCCUCCGCUUCCUCCUGGGUCUUUCACUGCAGACCAAUCAGACUCUCCUACAAGGUCUGCUGACACAGACAGGAAGUGGCUCACAGACCAGUCAGCAAACAGUCGAGUACAUCAAGAAGAAGAUUGAAGAGACUCCCUCUGCAGAGCAAAGCAUCAACCUGUUCCACUGUCUGAAUGAACUGAAUGAUCAUUCUCUAGUGGAGCAGAUCCAACAGUCCCUGAAUUCAGGACGUCUCUCCACUGGUGAACUGUCUCCUGCUCAAUGGUCAGCUCUGGUCUUCAUCUUACUGUCAUCAGAAAAAGAUCUGGACGUGUUUGACCUGAAGAAAUACUCUGCUUCAGAGGAGGCUCUUCUGAAGCUGCUGCCAGUUGUCAAAGCCUCUAACAAAGCUCUACUGAGCAGCUGUAACCUCUCAGAGAGAAGCUGUGAAGCUCUGUCCUCAGCUCUCAGCUCCCAGUCCUCUAGUCUGAGACACCUGGACCUGAGUAACAACAAACUGCAAGAUUCAGGAGUGAAGCUGCUGUCUGCUGGACUGAAGAGUCCACACUGUACCCUGGAGACGUUCAGACUGAGCAGCUGUAACCUCUCAGAGAGAAGCUGUGAAGCUCUGUCCUCACUUCUCAGCUCCAAGUCCUCUAGUCUGAGACACCUGGACCUGAGUAACAACAAGCUGCAGGAUUCAGGGGUGAAGCUUCUCUCUGCUGGACUGAAGAGUCCACACUGUACCCUGGAGACUCUUAGGGUGGAGCCUGGUGGAGUCCGAUGGUUGAGACCAGGUCUGAGGAAGUAUUUCUGUGAACUCACCAUCGACACAAACACAGUAAACAGAAAGAUCAAACUGUCUGACAACAACAGGAAGGUGAUACAUGUGAAGAAGGAUCAGUCAUAUCCUGAUCAUCCAGACAGAUUUGACCAGUGUCCUCAGCUGCUGUGUAGUAAUGGUCUGACUGGUUGCUGUUACUGGGAGGUCGAGUGGAGAAGAGGAGUUGAUAUAUCAGUGAGUUACAGAGGAAUCAGAAGGAAAGGAAAAGGGGAAAACUGUUUGUUUGGAAGGAACUAUCAGUCCUGGAGACUGUUCUGCUCUGAUGAUGGUUACUUUGUUUGGCACAAUAACAGAGUGACACCUGUUUCCUCCUCCUCGUCUUUAUCAUCUUCCUCUGUCUCUGACAGAGUAGCAGUGUAUGUGGACUGUCCUGCUGGCUCUCUGUCCUUCUACAGUGUCUCCUCUGACUCACUGAUCCACCUCUACACCUUCAACACCACAUUCACUGAACCUCUGUAUCCUGGUUUUAGUCUCUGGUCCUCUGGUUCCUCAGUGGACGAGCUGCAGGCCAUUGUUAACUACAUGCACGGAUAUAGAACUGCAUCAGUGCUCGCUUUCACAGAAACUUGGCUUAGCAAUAAUGACAGUGAUGACACGCUGCACAUCGACGGCUUUGCCCCCCGGAUCCGACUCAACCGGGACACAGAACGCACCGGGAAGCAACAUGGCGGAGGUGUGUGUUUCUACAUGAACACAUGCUGGUGCUCCACGGUCGUCGUCAGAGAGGAGCUGUGCAAUGCAGACAUUGAGCUUCUGGCCGUCUCUCUUCACCCCUUCUAUCUUCCAAGGGAAUUCCCUCAGCUCUUCUUCAUCCUGGUUUACAUUCAUCCCAGACUAGAACUCGUGUCACCAGACUCUCCUAAAUUCAUACUGGGUGACUUCAAUCACAGCACAGUUGACAAAUCCCUGAAAGGAUUUCAGCAGUACAUCACCUGCACGACUCGACUAAAGAAAACACUGGAUAAAUGUUAUGGAUCUAUCCCCAAUGCCUAUAAGUCUAUUGCUCUUCCUCCUCUGGGCUCCGCAGACCACCACACCAUCCUGUUGGCACCAGUCUACAUCCUGGUCAUAAGGAGAAUAGAGGGGACUGUCAAAAACAUCAAGCAAUGGACUAAUGACAGCAUUGCCACUCUACAGGGAUGCUUUGAAACCACAGCCUGGGACAACAUUCUGGCAUCCACCAGUGACAUCAGCGAGCAAGUGCAUGCUGUGUCGUCAUACAAUUUCUUUCUGUGUGGACAAUAUCAUUCCCUCCAAACAGGUCACCAUCUUCCCCAACAACAAACCCUGGAUAACCAAGAAAUCCUCAACAAAAAGAAAAGAAUCUUCUUCACUGGCACUGAAUCUGAAAAAAAGGAGGUGAACAGAGAGGUGAAAGCUGCCAUCAGAAAAGCCAAGACAGAGACCAUCCAGGUGGAAGGCAGCAGCCCAGCGUCCCUCCCCAACGACCUCAACUCCUUCUUUUCCAGAUUUGAAACAGACAACACCUCCAAAACAGAAACCUUUAUCUCCUCCCUCACUAAUGCUGAAGAGGAAUUAUCCUUCAGAGGAGGUGGUAAGAGCUCUGAGGAGGACCAAAACAACCACAACACCUGGUCCUGA